AUGACCUUUGCCGUGUGGCUAAUUUUAUUUAUUUACAAUGGUGAUGAUCCCGAUUAUUGUCACAAUCCACCAGGUAACAUAUUUCAUUUAAGAUUCGACUCGGAAGUAUUGGUCCGUUGUGGUACAGAAAAUAUUCUACGAGAGUGGUAUUCCAUCAACUCGAAUCGCACCGAGAUCGAAGAUUUAGCAACUUGGAGUUUAGAAAAAGGAAUCACUAAAAUAGUUCCAGGUUCUCUUUACGAGAGAAGAUAUAAUUUACAGGGUUUGACCAUGAGAGCUGCUUUAGUUAAAGCUUCAUCGUUCGUGUACUUAGACGAGUCUGGCGAAUUUCAGGGAUUAUUAAGUACAAUCUUAAGAACACUUUGUACUACUUUGAAUUUUAAGAUUAAAAUUGUGUCGGAGGUAGUUUCGUAUGGACGAUGGUACCCGGAAAAAAACAUUUGGACCGGUGCAAUUGGUGAAGUAUAUGCUGGACGUGCUGACAUUGCUUUACCAGUAUUUGCAUUAACACAAAACAGAUUGUCUGCAGUUGACUUCUCGUUCCCUCUUCUCACCACUAAAACCUAUCUGUACAUACAGGAACCAGGAUUAUUCGAGAUUAAAUGGUCAUCAUAUUUUUUAACUUUCUCUCGAUCUAUCUGGAUGGCUAUACUUGGAAUAUUACUCCUUGCAUCGAUUUUACUGAUUUUCCUGAAAAUAAAGGACAAAAACAAUCGUAGUGUAGGCCAAUUAUUAGUCGACAAUUUUCUGGAUGUUUGGAAUAUAUUUUGUCAACGUGGAGUGGAAGGUAUUCAAGUGGAAGAUAUUCCUGAUAGAUUUUCAUUAAGAAUAGCGUACUUCUCUAUAUUUUUUUUGGCUGUAAUCAUAUCGGCUGCAUAUUCUGCAUCAUUGACGAGUUUUUUAACGGCUGGUCUCCGAAAAUUACCCUUUCAAUCGUUAGAAACUUUUGUUGAAGAUGGUACUUAUGAACUUAUCGUCGUUCGUGAUACAGCUGAAUAUGAUAUAUUUGCCAAUUCAGAUGAUCCGCUUGAAAAGAAAUUGAUGAAAUUGAUGUUGGAUGAAGAAAAAUUACCAUUGACUCUAAAUGAAGGAUUUGUAGAUAUUUGCAAAAAUCAUAAACUAGCGAUCUAUACGACCAUUCAUGUGGAUGAUGUUAGAAUUGAUAAAAUGCCAUGUGAAAUUGUUCCUAUUGAAACGGGACGUGUAGAAGCAUUUGCUAUGGUUUUAUCCAAACGCAAUCAAAUAACUAACGUCAUUAAUACUCAAGUAAAGGAUUAUAUCAACAAGGGAAUGAAUAAUCGUAUAAGAGAUAUGAUAUCUGAAAAGAAAUCCAUGAAUAUGGCUCAGCAUCAACCGGUUCACUUAAUCAGCGAAAAAGAUGUCGACGGUAUCCCGAUUAUAUCCAAUCAAUUGAAUUGUCAUAAUUUUAAUGGAAUAUUAGAAAUAUUCUUAAGUAUAUUUAAGCUUUUACAUUAUUUAGCAGUAUUUUAA